CCGUUGCUUGCCCUUUCCCCAACUAAGCCACCAAUCUCUCUCUCUCUCUCUCUCUCUCUCUCUCUCCCUCCCCUGUCUGUUCAGUUUCUUGCUCUUGAACCGGGUCGCGUCUAUUCAGUCUCGUCCAUUGACGGUUGACCCCCUGAAUCACAGCAAUGAAGAAGACGAGUGAACCCGUCUUCAGUUCGGCGGGAUUGAUCCCUCUCGAGCAGUGAAAUUCUCUUCUUUAUGCGGAUACCGAUCGUCCAGAUUCUGGGUCGUUAAGUGAGCUUAUAACAGAAAUAAGGAGCCUUCAAGAUGUUCUCAUUGUCUGGGUUUAAGAACAGGCCAAAGGAUGCAUCAAGCUGAUCUGAUCGUCAUCGGCCUUUCUGUGGGUCUUGCGCUCGGUCUUCUGAUAGCUGUACUCAUAUACUUUGUCAUAAGAUGGCACAAGAAGCAUGCCCAUCUCCGCCGAUGCUCCAACGAACGGAGUUUGACAGUUCUUCCCAUCCGAAUGAACGGAAUCGAUGCAAGCACCGACUUCAGUGCAUCAAUCACAAAUUCUGUUGCUAAUUUGGGUAACGAGAAGGAAAGCCAGCAGAAGAAGAAUUCUGUGUUCAGUUUCUGGAGUAGUAAUCAUAAUAAAGAUUGGCUGACUUCUGCUUCAGGAAUACCUAGAUACCCUUACAAGGACAUUCAAAAAGCUACACUGAAUUUCACGACUAUUGUAGGGCAAGGAUCAUUUGGUCCUGUAUAUAAAGCUACAAUGGCGACGGGAGAAAUUUUUGCUGUAAAGGUGCUUGCUUCUGACUCGAAACAGGGGGAAAAGGAGUUUCAGACAGAGGUCUCUUUACUCGGAAGGUUACAUCACAGGAAUCUAGUGAAUCUUACGGGCUAUUGCAUUGAUAAAGGACAGCAUAUGUUAGUCUAUGAGUUCAUGAGUAAUGGAAGCUUGGCACACCUCCUAUAUUCUGAAGAUGCUCGGGUUUUGAGUUGGGAAGAAAGACUUCAGAUCGCUCUUGACAUAUCUCAUGGAAUUGAAUACCUUCAUGAAGGGGCAGUCCCACCAGUCAUACAUCGCGACUUGAAGUCUGCCAAUAUCUUGUUGGACCGAUAUAUGAGAGCUAAGGUCGCUGACUUUGGGCUAUCAAAAGAAGAGGUGUUUGAUGGCCGGAACUCUGGACUGAAAGGGACAUAUGGGUACAUAGAUCCCGUCUACAUUUCCACAAACAAGUUCACCAUGAAGAGCGACAUAUACAGCUUCGGAGUUAUCAUCUUUGAGCUCAUCACAGCGAUCCACCCUCAUCAGAACUUGAUGGAAUACGUUAAUCUUGCUUCAAUGAGUCCAGAUGGAGUUGACGAAAUCCUUGACAAGAGACUCGCUGGAGAGUGCAACCUCGAUGAGGCGAGGAGACUAGCGGACAUUGCUCGGAGAUGCUUGCACAGGCUGCCGAGAAAGCGCCCAUCGGUCGCGGAGAUCUCACAGGCAAUACACAAGAUACUACAGAAGAAACGCCUCACGAAAGAAGACACCCUUUCAUUUGCAAUGAGCGAUAUCUCUCGAACUGUAAGCCGAAUAGAGAACCAGCAAGUAGAGUUGAGCAGGAUUGCCAGCGUGAAGGAGAAAGAUUAAAUGAAUCAGAGUGUAGCUUUUUCCUCCUUUCUGUCUCGACAACAUUUUGAUAGUAUUAGCAAUGAAUAUAUGAAUAUCUUAGUAGAAGUUAGUUCAAACUUAAGCAAAAUAGAGCAAUUUAAAAGUCUUAAGCCUUUUGUUUUCGAA